UCAACAGCCAGGAUCGAGCGAGUUUGCAGCAGCAAGAGAAACCCAUCGAAUUUCUCUUUAACAGCCAUUUAUGCCAAGUGAUUGUACGGUAACUACUUAGGUAGGCGGUUAAAUGCUGUGAGACAGGUUUAGCAUGUUCAUUUAAAUAGUAUUCUCUCACAUCAUAAGGUAUCCUACUCAUCCCCACUCGAUCAUUCUUCAGUCUAUCAACAUAUAUACUCACUUCACUCCCCAGAGGAAUCUUUAUGGAGCAUAAACCAUAUUUCUGUGCCACCUCAUGUGGUCCCUUUCAGACACACGCUCUCCUAUGUAUCUUCUCUCUCCCUCUCCACAUGCAGGAGUAGAGGAGUCACUCCGUUGUCGCAUGCAGCCCAUGCACCUGCGCCGUGUACCCUGUGGUUGUCCAUGUCCACUGAUGCGGCAUGGGGAGGCUACCUGCAUAUACAGGUUAAUGCAUGCGUACUCCGGAGUAAGAGAGCUAUUUCCUUCUUGUUUGCAUGGUCAGAUACGGCGAGGUCCGCCUCCUAGCGGCCAGGGCAAAUGGGAGAUUCUUUUUUUAUCUUUUUUUCUUUCUUUUUCCUUUCUUUUUCUUUUUCUUUUUCCCUUUGCUUCCUUUUUGGAAUGUUUCAUUAUCCUCAAUCGGUUGCCACCCGGAGAUAUUGCAUUCACUCUGUGUCUCUCUCUAGUUGGUUAUACGUUGUAUUAAACGGUAUAUAUAUCCCUUCCUAUAUCAGAGUUGUGUUUGUCGUGUUAUGAGUUUAUUGCCAAAAUACCACGGAUAAAUUCUUCUCUCUCGCUCUCUCUCUCUCAUUUUCAUUUUCUGUUUGUUUUUAUUCCUAGUUUGAGAAUGGAAAACCGGUUCUUUAAGACUUCUUUAUUAUUUAUACUUUGGUUCCUUGCAUAUUCAGGGCAAAAAGAAGUGUACCAAACUUUUGCUUGCGGGUGCAUGGAAAUAGAAAGCAAAAGGCAAAAGGCGCUCGCUGCAUCGAACUUAGUUACCUCAUUCUUUUUCGUCUUCUUUGUUUUUUCUCCGUCUCGGAUUCUUUCUUUGCUUUUUUCCCCUCAAUUGCUUCAAAAACUUGUUGCUGCAAGUUCCAGCCUUAUUAUUGAUUUAUUCAUUUCAUCAUAGGUUAAGCGGGGCAUUGUUUUUUUCUUGCUCGUUUUCUCCCUCAAUCCCUAUCAUCAAGCUGCCCUUCUCAUUUAUCUACCUUACUUACUCAGCUAACAUGCAGAACAAGGGAGAUUAUUUCUACUCAUGAAAGAAGUCCUGAAGCUACGCAAAUGUACUACUGUUUGUUGGGUUCCAACAAUGCUGUUGCUAUAGUUGUUGCUGUAGCUGCAUGAUAUACUGUUGGCCCUCUCUCUCUGUCUGUCUCCCUUCCCACAUACAACACAACACCUCAACCGCUUCUCCUGGCUGCAGUGCCUCUCUCUUUAUCCCCAUCUCUUAUUUUUUUUUCUUCCAUUCCCUUUCUCACGGUUGCAUUUGCUAUACAUUUUAUACUCAACUGUCUGUUUCAUCUACGGGUUCAAUGCCAAUCUCAUCACCCAAGUAUUCCAAUAAUUACCCUGUGGAUAUGACGCUACGCUCGUUCCUUAUCUAAAUCCUUUUAUUGUUUCUUUCGAUCUUUGGAAUCUUUUCUCCUCGCCUAUAUUCGCGUUACACCAUGUCUCCAUCGAUUUCCGACUCUUUCGUCGUGCAGAGAAGUAGUACCCAUGCUCUUCAGCUCUCCAAGCCGUCGGAGCAAUGGAAGCUCUCCCUCCAGGAGGUCAAACUCCUCUACUUGCGACGUCAAUACAAACAAUGCGCCGCCACAUCUACAAAAUUUCUCCGCCAAAUGGAUAACCAGCUCCAUGCAAUCCAUAAAGCAUUCCUCCAUUAUUAUAGUGCCAUCUCCUACGAAGCACUGGGAAGAGGCGCUCAUAAUUACUCGAGCAACAAACUUCCACUGCUUAACUUAGCCAGAGAUAACUUCACUGCAUGCAAAUCCUCCCUCACAGUAGCUCUACCAGGGCCCGUUGAGAAAAAACAACACCCGCCACCACAACAGCAACGGCGGAAACUCAACAACAGGAGUCGCGAACACGUGUUGAGGAACGACAAGAGGAAAACAUAUCCCGUAGUAUCACCUACAAAAACCUAUCGCGAUGCACCUACACUUGUUGAAAACGGAACUAGCUACCAUCAUUCUCCGUCAACGGCGCCAGCUCAGCAAUCUACUUCUCCUCGCCCGUCCACUAUGGUGCCACGUCAGGGACCGCCAGGAAAUAGAGAAUUCAUGCCGUUACCACUUCGCAUUCACAAAGUCUGCCAUAAUGGCUAUGGCUAUUACCAAGAUCAAUUAAUAGAAUACGACCCGCCGUCUUUACCUCCCCCAACGCGCCCACUACCCGAGCUUCCGCCAGAGGCCAAUCACACUCCGCUCCCCAGCGCUGCAAAAACCACCACCCAUGAUGAGCCACAGACGGUAUCAACCGUGCCGCUAUUUCGACCCCUCGCUCCACAGUUCUACAGACACUCCAUUGGAUUUUCCACCGCUUCUCCUCCCACGUGCGGCCCCAGACGCACAGGCAGAAACAGUACCAUCAUCCACCAACCGCAAGCCAGCGCGAACUCCAUAUUCCCCCUCCCGCAAGACUCCCCGCUCAUCCCGCUCAUCACCUCCCUCUGCACCCAACUCGACGCGAACAUAAAUUCCAUCUGCACACUGAUAUCCCGGACCCUGGACCUGCAGCGCGCCCACAACGCGAAGAAGAAUAGCCGCCUCGCCUCCUUCUGGAGCUUCACGCCGACAUAUGACGACGAGAACGUCAUCGCCAAUGACCCAUUCUACAACCACGACAACCAUGAUAAAUAUGACAAUGGCCGGUAUGGCACCGCCACGACCACCACACAGAGUACCAACUCCGCUUCCACUUCCACUGCCACCACCGGCAGCUCCUACAACGGCAAUGGAAAAAACACAUCACCACCACCCUCCUCCUUCUCCUGCUCUUCUUCCUCCUCCUCAUCCUCCUCCUCCUCCACAUCACCGCCAUCAUCAUCAUCAUCAUCAUCAUCAUCAUCAUCAUCAAGCACCGACGAAACGCGCCAGCAGCGCAUUGCCCGCCUAAAAGCCGACGGGUGGACGACGGUUGGCCUCCGGUCGAAGAAACGCGGCUGGAAGGGCUCGGAAUAUUACGAGCGCGUGUGUAAUGAGGCGUUGGCAGAGCUUUAUGGGAAUGGGAGUGGUCACGUUCGAUGAUGAGGAUGAGAAUGGGGUCGGGUUUGGUCGGGUCGGGUCGGGUCAGGGUAUGUAAUAUUAUUCAUUAUGCUUUGUUAUGUUUCAGUGUGUGAGGAACUAUAUAUGGCCAUGGACGGUGGGAUUGAUUGAUUAUAUGUGGAGUUCUGUUUUAUAUUUUAAAUUGCUCCUUUUCUUAAGUUCUUUUGCUCCAAUAUUUUUCUUCUUUUUUUUUUUCUUCAAUUAUACGAGUUCCUGGCUGUGACGGACAUAUCAUAUACGACUGACUGACUCUCUUUCAUUAUUUGCUGGGCAUUUCUUUUCUUCAUCUCUGUUUGUCCUCACACCAUUCUGAUAUUUCAGAAUUGUGUUCUCGUCACUCUUUCUUCGUCCUCUUUUUUAAUUUUAACCAUACCUCCGAAUACUAUAAAUAAAUACUAAACCCCAAUUUGCUAAAACCUGCUGUGGUAAUAAUAAGUCUUUGUUGGCCUAAACAAGCAAAAUAAAGAUAGUUAUAAAUAAAAUACUAAAUAAAUAAAUAAACUUAAAACAUCUACCUAUCU